AUGCCCAAGACGCUACCAUUCCAGUUGGACGACCCGUCCAUUUUCCACGAGAGCUCCUUACUCAAUGGGGAGUGGGUUUCUUCAAGGUCCCGCGAGACUUUUGACGUGGAGGAUCCUGGCAGUCGCACAGUCUUUGCGACUUGCCCUAUCAACAAAGUCGAAGAUGUUGAACCGUAUGUCGCCACAUCCCACGAAGCGUUUCUCAAGUAUCGACAUGUCAAUCCUCGUGAACGUGCCAAGAAACUCCUCGAGUGGUAUCGGCUCAUCGCCAAUGCACGAGAAGACAUCGCUAAGCUGGUCACAUACGAGACAGGCAAGCCGUUGAACGAGGCUCGCGGCGAAGUCGAUUAUGCCCUGGGAUUUGCUUGGUGGUUCGCUGGCGAAGCAGAACGUUCUAUCGCGAUCCCAACCGUAUCUGAUCGUCGUACCUUUGUCAUCAAACAGCCCAUCGGCGUCAGCGUCGCCCUCGUACCGUGGAAUUUCCCGGUGGCCAUGAUUAUCCGCAAGGUUGCUGCUGCUCUAGCGGCAGGCUGUUCAAUGAUUGUCAAACCGUCUCCUGAGACGCCUUUAAGCGUUAUGGCCCUUGCCGAUCUAGCUUUGAAAGCAGAUUUUCCCCCAGGGGUUUUUAACGUUAUCACCACCGACAAUAUACAUACUCCUUCGGUUAGCGAGGUACUUUGCAAACACUCCCUUGUCCGUAAGGUAACCUUCACGGGCAGCACUGCUGUCGGUCGCAUUAUUGCAAGACACUGUUCCGAUGGGCUAAAGAAGGUCACAAUGGAACUCGGAGGCAACUGCCCUUUUAUUAUCUUCAACGACGGAGACCUGGAUCAAGCUGUUGCUGCACUUAUGAUCUUAAAGUGGCGCACGGCUGGUCAAGCAUGCACCCAUGCGAAUCGUGUUUAUGUGCAGAGUGGUGUGUAUGACCAGUUUGCGCAGAAGAUUCUCGAGGCCACUCAGAAGCUCCGCGUUGGUCAUGGCGCCAAUUCUGACACUACCAUGGGAGCACUAACGACAUCUCGAGCCGUUGAGAAACUCAACAGACAUGUGGCCGAUGCAGUCGCUAAGGGAGGCAAGGUUCUUUGUGGAGGCUCAUCUCCCAUCGGUCUAAACGGCUACUUCUUCGAGCCAACUAUUAUCUCGGAUAUGACUGCAUCCAUGUUGACUACAAAUGAAGAAAUCUUCGGACCACUUCUGGGCUUAUACAAAUUCGAGACAGAGAAAGAAGUGGUUAAAGAAGCUAAUGACACGUCUAUGGGUCUUGCGUCUUACUUUUUCACAAGGGAUACUGACCGCACGUGGAGAUUGCUUGAGAGUCUCGAGGCUGGGAUGAUCGGCAUGAAUACUGGCAAUGCAUCCGGGGCAGAGUCUCCAUUCGGUGGUAUCAAGGAGUCAGGGUAUGGCAAGGAGGCAGGUAAAGACGUGGCCAUUGAAGAGUACCUGAUUCAGAAAACAGGCACUCUUACAGUUGGAUCUCUGUCGAAACUGUGA